CGACGACGUACGUGGACCCCCCGCCGACGUUCAGGAGUGUCUGCUGUGGGGAGAGGCUGGUGCCGGAGACAGACGUGCUCGUCGUACCAGGGGCAGCAAUGCUACCCGAGCCAGACGCGUUGGAUGAGCCGCUGGGUGCGGCGCCGCCGGAAGCCCCCGACGGCGCGCUUCCUCCAGCUGAGGCGGCGGCGGCAGGUGCGCCCGUACUGGCAUUGCCAUUGCCAGAGGAACCGCCCGCAGAGGGGGCACCUGGUGAGUUGCUCUGAGCGCCGGGAUUCUCGUUGGACGUGCCGCUCCCGCCUGCGGUCACGGAGGAGUCGCCAGACCCCCCGCCGGAAGAUCCUGAGCCUGAAGAACCUGAUCCAGAAGAGCUGCCACUACCACCGCUGCUCCCUACAGAGGACCCGGUGUCGCCAGGCGAGCUCCCGCCCGAGGAGCCCCCGCUAUUCCCAACGCCCCCGCCGGAGGAGCCAGUACCGCUUCCCGGAGACGCAGAAGAGCCCGUGGGCGUAGGCGCAGCAGCCUCCGACUUGUGCGUCGGCGUCGGG